AUGCAAUUCAAACUACAAGCCAGUGGUGGGAGUGGUGGGAGCGGUGAGAGUGGUGAAAGGGGUGGGAGGGGUGGGAGUGUUGGGAGCGGUGGGAGCGGUGGGAGUGGUGGGAGUGGUGGGAGUGGUGGGAGUGGUGGGAAUGGUGGGGGAGGGGUAGGAGUGGUGGGAGUGGUGGGAGUGGUGGGAGUGGUGAGAGUGGUGGGAGUGGUGGGAGUGGUGGGGGAGUGGUGGGAGUGGUGGGGGAGUGGUGGGAGUGGUGGGAGUGGUGGGAAUGGUGGGGGAGGGGUGGGAGUGGUGGGAGUGGUGGGAGUGGUGGGAGUGGUGGGAGUGGUGAGAGUGGUGGGAGUGGUGGGAGUGGUGGGAGUGGUGGGGGAGUGGUGGGAAUGGUCGGGGAGGGGUGGGAGUGGUGGAAGUGGUGGGAGUGGCGGGAGUGGUGGGAGUGGCGGGAGUGGCGGGAGUGGUGGGAGUGGUGGGAGUGGUGGGAGUGGUGGGAGUGGUGGGAGUGCGCUUGGAAGGACUAUUACCACCGGAGGCGUGCCUGCGAGAUUUGUCAGUAGUUAG